GCGCACUGCUUAUUCACUUCAAUUCCGUGAUAGAAAGAUCCGAUUUCAUCAUCAAUAAUUGAAAGCUAAAUAAAUGAGUUGACCUUGUUUGACAUGAACCUCUUUUAAAACCCUGUCAACAAAAAUCAUCGAUGUGACAUCAGAAAUAAUAGUAAAUCACAGCAGAGUUUAUUGUGAAAGAUUACCAACUGUAGUGUCAAGGGACAUGUCGCUGACACAUAUACCGGACGCAGGAAUUAAGACGACUUGACGUUGCUGUGACCAAGACAGGGAGCAAGGAAGGUGCCAGACCAGCGGCUUCUCCGGCGUAGAGUUUGCUUCUCCUCUUCAUUUGACAGGAAGUACGGGCUAUCGAAAAAAAAUAUACCACGAGGAGUAUGACAAGUCCUAAAUUUGAUAAUAGAACAGUAUUUCGACAGGAUUUGUUAGCUGCGCGAUUCUCAUCCGAAGGCAUUUCAUGUUAAUUUAAUGACGUACUAGUGAGAGAAGUUGAUCCUAUACAGGAAAAUAAAAUAAAAAGGCUACGUAUUAACGUAUCCUUGGUGAUAAAGCUCAUAAUACGACAGUAGUCUCAUUAAUGAACGUAAUAAAGCAGUUUAAGACGCGCUGCAGAAACUCUUAAUUAGAAAUAAGGACCUUUAGGAUAUUCAGAAGGAAGCUCAAAUCAUAAAGGAUAAACGAUUAGUCAUGAUGGAUAUGACUAAAUGAUUGAACCACAUCGUGAAGAAGAACUGUAAAAAGCUCUACAGCAAAAAAGGAUAUUUUUCAUAACAAAAGCUUAUACGACCACCUUAUGAACUUUUAAAGAAACAAGGCUGAUUUUUCCGUCUUUGAAUAAACGAAUUUGCGUUAACGCUUUACGACAGGCGACUGCUAUUGUUGCUUAAACAACCAGCGACAUGUUUAUGCUCCGUAAGAAAAAGACAACUCAGCCGCCGGCCCCGACAGAGUGGGGAACAGAAGCGUCGCUGGCGUCGGCCGAGCCGGCGCCUGAGCAGGACCUUGCAGAGUACCUGCGAGCCAAGAAAUCCCGUCAACCAGCGGACCCUGACUGGGAUCAAGCCAGAGCGAAGGGUUUGGAGAAAAAACGUUUUCGGGGGGAGCGGAUUCAUGGUGCAGAUGCUGUGGAUCUGGAUGAGAACGAGAACGACACUAAUGGGGAAGAUACUAGAGAUAAGAAAGCAGGAGUGAGUGAUGAUAAAAAUGAUGAUCCUCGGCGAGAAGGUGAGAAAGUAAAUAGAAAAACUGAGGUGGAUGAAGAUGAGAAGCGGAGACAGAGAGAUGCGAAAGAGAAAAGAGAACAAGAAGAAAAGCGGAGGAAGGAAGAAGUGAUGAGAAACGAUGAAGAAGCGAGUAGAAAAGCAGAGGAACAAAGGAGGAAACAAGAAAAAGAAAAUAUAAAGAAGAAAGAAAAUGAAGAUGAAGAAAGGAAGAAGAAAGAAAAAUCUGAUGCUGAUCGAAGGGCGAAGGAGAGAGAAGAUGAAAAACAUAAGAUAAAACAAAAAGAGGAUGAUGACAAAAAAUUGAAAGAUGAAGCCGAGAAACGAAAACGAGAAGACGAAAAGAGGCGAAAGGAAGAAGAAGAGAGGCUAAAGAAACAGGAAGAUAAACCCACAAAUGAAACAGAAGCUGAGAAGAAGCAGAGAGAAGCAUUAGAGAGGCGGCGAAUUUAUUUGUUGGGCGUUGGCAAUGCUACUAGAAGUGACGAAAGCAAGUCAAAGAAAAAGAGGGGGACGACAGCUGAUAACAAGGAGGCAGAUCAAGACACCAAUAAAUCCAGUCCAGUCUUUGACGAUGGCCAAAUAAACAGUAAUCCAUCAGAUGAAUGGCUGAGAAUCAAGGAAGAGAGACGUCGGAUUGAGCUAGAAAGGUUAGAAAUUUUGCGUGUUGAAAAAGAAGUCCAGUUAAGGGAAGAAAAAAUGAGGCGUGAUAGAGAAGAAUUCGAGAAACAAAAGCGGGAAAUAGAAGAGAGGCUAAGAAAAAACGUACCUAAUGAAAAAGACAAAAGAGACUAUGAAGCCGAAGCUGAGAUGGCACGUCAACGCAAGAUGAUGGAGUACGAAGAAAUGGAAAAACGUCGACAAGCAGAAGAGAAGAAAAGGAGGGAAAAGCAGGCACAGGAGAAGCGCCUCAAAGAAGGCGAGCGUGCCACAGGCAUCAUGGUAUCAGCAGGAGGUAGAGACCUCAAACGUGGCGACAAAGGCUCCAUUUCUAGCGGUUCGGGUGUUGGGAUCACCGGGACUACGCUUCCUAACGCCGGAGCCGGAGGAGUAUUGCCGAGCAGUGCGAACGAUGGCCAAGAUGUCUCUGGUGAGGAGAGACGAAGCAGAGACAGAGAUAGACUCAGUGUUGGGGACAGAGGAGCAAGAAGUGAGAGCGUACCAAACAAUCAAAAUUCUUCUAACGGACGCCCAACGAACAGAGGAAGCUCAGCGGACGGCGACAAAAGCAUGAAAUCAAAAGCCCGAAUGUACGGAGUGAAAGCAAUGCUCAAAGAGAAAGAAAAGGAAGUGCAGCGAGAGAAAGAACAUCUCAAGAGAAUGCAGAGGGAUAUACACGACAGGAAAGCUAUUCAGAAGAAGGGGGAGGUUAAAAAAGACGAAAGAUUCGACGAGUUUCUAACCUGGCUGACCAACGGCAAGACAGAAGAUCUAGGCCAAUCGAAAAAUUAUCUAAUUGAUUCCGAUAGCGACUAAUAAGUUGACUAAUUUAAAAUGAUCUGAGUAACUUUCAUUUGGUUAAUGAUUAUAGAACCGUUAACCAAUCGCAUCGCUCCACAUUACCCGACACGAUAGAAGGCUUCUCGUUUUCGGAUCUUGUUUUGUACCAUAGUUAAUUUUUGUGUGACUAACGGACGUGCUGCUCAACGUAUGCUGAAUUGAUUUAAUUUUUCCCAUUAUAGCGUGUUAGCUAGUAAAUUUUUAUUACUUAUCAUAGUCAACUCUUUUUAUUAUAUAGGAAUAUGUAUAUGCCAUUGCUGUGUAUCGGAACUUUAUCAAACACUAAUAAAUAAAAAAUCUUGUGUAAAUUGAAUAUAUUCAACCCAGCGCAGAUUGUCAGUUAAUACAUUUCUCUAUCUGAAUACUUGAACAUAUGGUAAGGCCAGAAAGGUACAAGUUCGUGAAUGAGGUGCAUUAACGAUGAGCUCCGAUGAAGACCCACUAUAGGAAAAUUGAUUUUUUUAGAUAGAUCUUCAAGUAUCAAUCAAUAGAAAUGUAAGAGACCAGUCUUUGUCCAAUCAUCUAAACAUUCAAUAAUUAAAUACUGGAAGUAUAUAGGUACUUGCUGACACAAAGACAUGUUCACCACGCCUUCUUUUGCAUCUUUCUGAAUCUAUUGCAAGUUCUCCAAGCAUUAAGAGGGCGACUGAACCCGUCGCUUGUGUAGACGCGAUGAGCAUCCAGACAUGCGAUGGAGCUGAAGGGAAGAGUCUUUACAGCGAUCAUUGUACUCGUAGCUCACAUUCACUCAUUGAAUAGGAAGACACCGACUGACCUGCACGUUGGUUCGCACAUUAAAACUUAAGAAUUUGGGCUUAGAACUGGCCACGAUGAGCUAUCGUCUCACACGAGAGUGGGUUAACGUGUAGAAAUUUAAUUCUCUUAGAAAUGAAAAGAUCACAUUCAAGGUAAUAUAUUUAUUGCUAAAUAUUUGGUUUUAGAUACGUUUAUGGGUUCAUGCUUUGUUUGGUACGGGUGUACCGGCUAAGUUUAGUGUUAAUUAAUUACGUUAUAAAACCCGGAAUUGGAAUUAAAUAUAAAAUUAAAUUUAUGUCCCAGGCUGAACAUCACCUCUGAACACAACUGUACUUAACUGCGUUCCACCUUAACUUAUUUGAUAUUCAUCGCAUUGCAACCUCUCAUGAGAGUAAGUACUAGAGAGUAUGGAUUGCUAUUGUUCUAAUUAUUAUGAUUUAAUUUAUUUGAAAUUAAUUUGAAUGUUUGUUAUUGUUUAUUGCAUUUAUAUGUACGUAGUAACCAGGUAUGACUUAUUCGUAUAGCCCUGGUUCAAAUUCUAGACUGAAGAAAGAUCUGAAUGAAAAGCGUUAUCUUUUUCCAACAUCCAUUAAAUUAGAUCUCUCAAUUGACCGUACUCUUUAAGGGUUAUUCAUUUACCAUUAUAAAAUGUUGUUUACCGUUAUAAAAUUUGUAAUUAUUUUGCAAUAUGUCCAUAUGGAUUACUUCAGCCAGCGAGGUAGUUGUGGUAGUUGCAAGGAAGGUAAUAAAUAAGAAUUUUUAGGGAUUUAGACGAUGCAUCAAAAUUAUUUCUGUUUGAAAAUCAUACUCGAAAGAUUAUUUCAUCAAUAGUGAAAAUAAAUAUUUUCAAUUUUCGGAACAUAAGAUUUUUCAGAAUUAGUUGAGAAAAUAUUAAAACGAUUACAUAUUACUAUAAAACGAUUACAUACAUACAUAGUUACAAUAUUACAAUCAUUGUAGGUUGUAUCAAAUUACUAUCAAUACUAUACUAUAAAAUCACAAGAUGUUGAGAAAAAGGAAGGAAAAUUCGAAUCACUUUAAAGACUCUUAAAGACAUUUAUUAUUAACACCAGGAAGGAAUAUUAUUAACGUUCAUCAUUUUCUGUCUAUUUUCAAUGUUCGAUGCAUCAAAUUUCUUACGCAGCAUUUGCGCGGCGCAAUUAACCGUUAUCACUGUGCAGCCGUCAAACAUGCGAGUACAUCCAUAUAUAUUUAUUAUAUAUGCUGGCCAUCCAUGUUGAUAUUUUUGUUUUUAAGCUCCCGUUCCGGUCAAAGUCCAUUGAAAGGCAUUCUAAAGUUCGUUUGAGAUUUUCGUCGAGCGAUGGAUAUGUUGCAUCUUCGCUUAGAGGAGUGUUCAAUUAUUUAUUCUUUAUUCAGAAUACAAAAUAUAAAGUCUU